AUGCCGACCAUGACAAGCCGGGUUCAGCUACCCGCGCUUCGAACCCGAGUCAUGGAGCCCACCCGCAUCAUUGUCGACGCGGCGAGAUCCAAUGAGCAGACCGGGAUGCAGGCCCACGGCGGGCCCUGCCAGGCGCAACUGGGAAUCCGGGGAAGCCGGAGACGGCCAUUUACGCGGAGUUUGGGCGAAGGCGACUGUGUGGGCGAGACGAUGCGAUCCACUCCGCACGAUUGGGGCAAGUCAAGCGCCUUUGCCGAGCUCGGCUUGUCCGGUCCGCGGGUUGCAGCUCCCGCUUUGGGAUGA